AGGCGGAGGCUCCAGUGCGUCUCUCUGCCUCUCAGCCUGAACCCGGGGAGGCCAGGCGGCCCGGGUGCGGCUGGAGAGGGUCCGCUGCCCGAGAAUGGGAAUUCUCUUCACCAGGAUAUGGAGACUGUUCAAUCACCAGGAGCACAAAGUUAUAAUUGUUGGGCUGGAUAAUGCAGGGAAAACUACCAUCCUAUAUCAAUUUUCUAUGAAUGAAGUUGUACACACAUCCCCUACAAUAGGAAGUAAUGUAGAAGAGAUAGUGAUUAAUAAUACACGUUUCCUAAUGUGGGAUAUUGGUGGCCAAGAGUCUCUUCGUUCUUCCUGGAACACUUACUACACUAACACAGAGUUUGUAAUAGUUGUUGUGGACAGUACAGACAGAGAGAGGAUAUCUGUAACUAGAGAAGAACUCUAUAAAAUGUUAGCCCAUGAGGACCUAAGGAAAGCUGGAUUGCUGAUUUUUGCUAAUAAACAAGAUGUCAAAGAAUGCAUGACUGUAGCAGAAAUCUCUCAGUUUUUGAAACUAACAUCCAUCAAAGAUCACCAGUGGCAUAUCCAGGCAUGCUGUGCUCUGACUGGAGAGGGAUUAUGUCAAGGACUUGAGUGGAUGAUGUCACGACUUAAGAUUAGAUGAUCUCUACUGAUCUCUUCUUAUAAACUUUGUGUAAAUGUGCUGGACUUUACCUGAAAGCUGCAAAAAUUACUGGUUUAGCUAUAUUUAUAAUAAACUGAUUUAAACUUUUUCUAUAAGAAGAAAAAUUAAGACCACUUAUUUGAAAACAAAGAUGAAGUCUCACCUCCCAAUUUACUUUCCUGUUAUUCCUUCCAAAGUAAGUUAUUAAAGCUGUGAUUGACAUUUUUCUCAUAAUGAAUCCUCUCAGGACAUUGUGUAGCCUGUGGUAAGUAUAAAGGGCGAGGAAUGCAUUGUGAACAUUUAAGAGCUUUAGUAUCAGUAUAACCCUCCCUCUUUGAAUGUUGUUAUCAUUUUGUUCCAUUUAAGUCAAAAUACAAAUCAGCACAGAAACUUGGUUUCCAAUAUUUUAAAAUGUAACAUUACUUAUAAAAAGUAUUUUUGCGUAAGUUUGUGUAUGUAUUAUGUAUAUACCUCAAGUUAAUGGCUUUGGUUUAUGUGCUAAAGAAAGCAAGUAACACAAAAAUCAAUAAUAUCCUUAGAUAUAAGCGUAAUGAGAUGAGUACUGGCAUUGGUGGUAAGUGCCAUUUUGUGUGUUUUCUCUUUGUUCUCUGUAUUAUACCCAUCCUCAAAUCAUCGAGCUGCUCUUAAAAACAAACAGGAAAAGUCAGAUCUUGUUACUUGGUGCCUCUUUUUUGUUACUCAGUCCCACAAAUGAAAACAUGUAACCCAACUAAGUGGAAUAUAUAUCCAUUAUUUAGUACUACUAUUGGACCGAAUUGUGCAAUGAGCAGUUACCAGAUUAUUCCUUUUGUUGGUCAUUAUGCCAUCUAAAUUGCUAAACCUUGUAAUUUGUGAAUCAGUCAUAAAUUAAGAUAAAAAAAACUAAGAAGUGAUUUCUUUUUAGUAUUAAUUGCGUACUGGUAGGAAAUAUGUCUACCCAGAGAAGUAAUGCUCUUUAAAUAUUAUUUAAUAAUUCAGCUACAGUCUUUGCAAAGUAUUAAAUUGUAUUUCAAGCAGUUGAAUAAAUUGUAGAGUAAGAGUAAGGCAUAUCCGAGCAACAGCAUUAAUCACUGAAUUUGUAAAUUUUUGUUUGAUUGUAAAAGUUGCAAUUUGAUUUUUUUUGUAAAAUGUAUCUUCUACCACACAGAUAUGUUGACAACUAGAAAAUAAUGUUUUUUGAAUGCUUUUAAAAAUUUGAUAUAAAAAUUAAUUGAUGUAAUGUAUUAUUUGUACUGGGAAGUAACUUGAUCUAAAAUACCCUCUGUUUGCUUCUGAUAUUUUAUUUGGUUUCUAAAAGUUGAGGUAUUUCCAUCAUAACUGUAAGUGAACAUCCUAAAUAUGUUACAGUAUUCUUGGAUACUUUAUGUGUCUUUCAUGUCCAGAAUCUGAAGAUUAAUCCAAAUUGUCAUGUUAUCGAUUUAGAAUAUUCAAGGGAAAAAGGUAACUGCUUUUAGAACAAUGUUUUAAGUAUCAUAAAAAUUUUGGUGAGGAGUAAUAUUACGUACUGUACACACUGAAAAAACCUUUCCAAGUUCUUUUUUUUACCAAAUAUAAUACUUGGUAUCUAAAUCCAGCUUGGACAUGAGGGAUCAGUAUUUAACAUUGGAUAUCUUAUGCUUUAUAUUUUAGUCAAAAUGAAAUUAUAGCAUUGCAUAUUUGUCAGUAUGCUUUUAAGGUUUGUUCAUAUGAUCUCAUUUUUUAAAUAACUGUACUAAUUGUAAAUUUAAAAUUGCCUUUUAAAAAAAUUUUAAAAA